UUUAAUUAUAUAAAAUUCAUACGUACACGAACUUGUAAUUCUCAGAUGCUAUGAAAUUCGGGAAAAUCCCUUUAAUACUAAUCUAUCAAUCAAAAAUGCUAAAACCAUAACGCCAAUUAACAAACAAUACAAGUUUACUUCAUUGCAAAAACAUCGGUGAACAACAAACUAACAAAACAAACAAUAACAUCGGCGUUUUUAGUACGAGUAAAUUGUGUACGAGUCUUAUUCUUAGUUGUGGACGACAUCACCAAUAGUUGAGUACGAGUAAAUUGUGUAUGAGUCUUAUUCUUAGUUGUGAACGACAUCACCAAUAGUUGUGGACGACAUCACCAAUGCCUUGUGGACGACUCCACCAAUGGGUGUGGACGACUUCACUGUGGACAACUUUGCUUGUGGACGACUUCACUGGCACCCGUCAAGAGUUUACUUGCCAACUGUCAGUCACUCAUGAACUUGUAGGCCUACUUGACAUUUUUAACUUUGUGUGGGUUUAUUCACAUAAUGACGUCGGUCUCUUUGAUACAAGGUGCAAGCCGAGGAAUUGGACUUCAGUUUUGUAAAAGUUUAUUAAAACGAUCAAAGGAUGCUACAGUAAUUGCAACAUGUCGCAAUCCAGAUUCUGCUGAAGAUCUUCAGAAAUUGAAAAACGAUUAUCCCACAUCUCUCCAUAUUUAUAAAAUUGAUGUGACAAAAGAAUCAGAGGUUCAACAGACAUCGACUGAGAUACCUAAAAUCUUUGAUAAAUUAGAUCUGUUGAUUAAUUCAUCUGCCAUAUUACAUCCAAGUGGACGUGGAGAGACGAGUUUACGAGAUGUUUCUGCAGAGGGAAUAAUGAAUACUAUAGCAGUUAAUACGGCUGGUCCUCUAUUAAUGGCUAAAUAUUUCAGUUCUCUGUUAACAAAAGGUAACGGUUCAUUCGGUGUGCAAGACUCAGAAUCCAAGAAAACACACGCAGCAGUAUUAGUCAAUAUGUCCGCCAAGGUUGGCUCAAUAACUGAUAACGGUUUAGGGGGUUGGUAUAGUUAUCGUAUGGCUAAAGCUGCCUUAAAUAUGGCGACCAAGAAUCUCAGCAUUGAAUUAGGACGUGGGAAAAAUCGUGUGAUCUGUGUCUCGCUACAUCCUGGCACGGUCAAUACUGACCUUUCACGACCUUAUCAUAAAAAUGUGCCGAAUCUGUUUACAACAGAAUAUUCAGUGGAUUGUCUCCUUAAAGUCAUUGACAGUUUAAAGAUGGAAGACAGCGGGAAAUUUUUAACAUAUGACAGAACUGAAAUGAAAUACUGAUGAACAUUGUUAAUAUAGAAGAUAAAAUUAAAAUCAAAAUAAAAUGGA